GAGACCCUCUAACUCCUUUGCUCCUAAGGAAGCAGUCUGCUCAGAGACUUAUUGCAGUCGCUUAAAAUUAGAAAUCUUGGCAAGUGCUAGUUUAAAGAAGUGGGGCUGAGAGUAGAACUGGAUCAUCUACAACUUGCAGGCUAGUUCUUCAUCGGGGAACAGAUCUGCUGCUGCAGUGUCACUUUAUGCUGGAUGGUUUCAUAGGGUUUACAGAACUGAAGAACUUCUGUGGAAACCUAUGGGAAAGUUGGGCUGCAAGAUCUUUCCUGAGAUGGUGGAAGACAAUAUUCCAAGAUAAGGGUUGAUGAUGAUUAUUUUGCUCUAUGUUACAAGCUUUGCACUCUGUGUCAGUGGGCAGCCAGCAAGCAAUAAACGUAAGGGAGAACACCAAAAUAUACAGUAUGUCUGUAGCAUCCCAGGAUUGCCGGGGCCCCCAGGAUCCCCUGGGGCAAAUGGAUUAGUUGGGCCACAUGGACGGAUUGGCCUUCCUGGAAGAGAUGGAAGAGAUGGAAGAAAGGGUGAAAUGGGGGAGAAGGGCGCAACAGGUUUACGAGGAAAAACAGGUCCACUUGGACCCAUUGGUGAAAAAGGAGAUCAAGGAGAAAGUGGCAAAAAAGGACCAAUUGGACCACCUGGAGACAAGGGUGAAAUUGGACCUGAUGGACCAUUGGGACCUAAAGGUGAUAAAGGGACCAGAGGAUAUCUGGGAGAACCAGGAGUGUGUAAGUGUGGUGAUAUCAUUCUAAAAUCUGCCUUCUCAGUUGGGAUUACCACCAGUUUUCCUCAGGAAAGACUUCCAAUCUUAUUUAACAAAAUUCUCUUUAAUGAAGGGGAACACUACUACCCAUCCGUAGGGAAGUUUAUUUGUGCCAUUCCUGGAAUUUAUUAUUUCUCCUAUGAGAUCACUGUCGCAGACAAGCAUCUGGCUAUCAGCCUGGUACACAAUGGAGAAUACAAAAUAAAGACGUUUGAUGCCAACACGGGAAACCAUGAUGUUGCCUCAGGUUCAACGUUACUCUACCUAAAGCCGGAAGAUGAAGUCUGGCUGGAGAUUUUCUAUGCAGAUCAGAAUGGUCUGUUUUCAGACCCGAGUUGGGCAGACAGUUUGUUUUCUGGAUUUCUUUUAUAUGCAGAUACUGACUAUCUGAAUGCUUGGUCUGAUGAUGAUUUUUGAUACAUGGCUCCAACUUGACAGAUCUGGGCUUUUUAGGUGGUACCCCAGUCUUCAAUGGUUCACUAGGACACUUUGACAACCUUUAUUUCUUGAACAGCUUGUUUCAGUGCCAUUUCAUUUAGGAAUGACAUAAACCAUUGUUAGACAAAAAUAAGAAACCGCCAAACAGGUCAUUUUGAGACUUAGUUAGAACCCUUGUAGGUCAUUUUAUUACACGCUAACAAAUAAAGACAACGAGAGACAGUAGUGGUGUAAAAAAGUUGCAAAUUAUGGCGCACACCAUAUUUGCACCAUAAUUUGCAACUUUUUGAAGCCAGUUUUUAUAAAUCUCCUCCAAUGUAUUAUUGCUAAUGAACCCCAUAUGUUUUAUGCAAAACUAAAUAAGCCAUAAAUCUUUUCAUUUCCCUGCUUAAAGUCUCAACGUAAUUUUUAGUCUCUUUAUUUUAGUUAUCAAUUUAAAAAAAAUUUCCUUGUGUAAAUAUAAA